CCAGACCGACGUGAACCCUUCCAUUGCAAACACGACGAUAAUUUAUUCUCGAACGCGAAAUCUGAUAUCGGGGACGUGAGGUAUGUCUGUUCCAUGCACAACCUGGAUGGCUUGAUGCCGCCGUCGCUGUCCGUGUUCUUGUUCGCUAUUUGGAAUAUCCCGCUGUGCUCAUCAUCGUGUCUUCCCCUCCUCCUCCUCCUCCUCCUCUCCCCUCAACGCGAUCAAUAUAACAUCUUUUCCCACGCAUCACGUCUCCCUUCCCACUCAUGUGUCCCACUCGCUACUCCUCCGCAUUGCUGCGGAAAUCGCUUCCGCUACCAAUGCCCCCACCGCCGCAGCGGAGAUGUUUCACACGGUCCGUGGUCGUGGGAGCGGACUCGUGUGGUGAAGGAGCUGAUAUUGCAGCUAGCGGCGUCGUCAGCGAUCGUCAGCUUGAACGCAAUGCGCCGGCCAUGUCUGCGCUCGGCGGCUUGAACAGAUCAUUCACACAUGCCCGAAGAUACCCCGUCAUCUCCCAAUCAUACAUAGAGAGCCCACAAGACUUUGGCUCAGUCGAUAGACAAACGU